UGAAGACUGACGAAUGACACUUGUCACAAAAUGCAAUGAAGUGAAAUGAACUGUGACAAAAGUAAUGACAUGACAUGGUGGAUUGUAGAAAGUGGAAGUUGUUUAUAAAUUUUAAUAUUUUUGAUAAAUAUUCAAGGGAACUAUAAACGUUGUGCAUAAUAGUGUCUUCGUUUAAUUAAUCAAAUCAACCAGUGAUCAUCAUCUGUAAAAUGUAAUGUGAACAUGUCAACAAUUAAGUAAUUAAAAGUAGUAAUGGCAGACCAUUUUUUAAUAAAAUACAUUUCGUAAAGUUCGUGUUUGUGAAUUCUUUUAUAAUAAAUAUUUCACAAUGUUUAGGAUUUCGAAAGCUGUUUUAGUACUUAGUUACUUCUUCUGCUACUGCCAAAACUUUAUUGGAGUGUGGGCUUUAAAAUGCAAAUGUGACAUUUGCAAAGACACAAAUUACACAUGUGAGACUGACGGAUACUGCUUCACAUCUACAUACCUCAAAGAUGGAAUCGUAAAAUAUAGCUACAGAUGCUUGGACAUGCACAAUCUGCCUGAACUAGUUGUGGACUCAAACACAAGCUCACAAUAUUGUAAUGAAAGUAUAUAUGGUGUUCAAAAUAAUCCUGAAUACACUUCAAUGACUUCUAAUUGUUGUAAUGAAAGAGAUUACUGUAAUGAUAGAAACUUAACAUUACUGCCAGUAACAGGUCCGGCUCCAGCAUAUUUCACUUCUUUGGAAAUCGCUGCUUCAAUAGUCAUUCCAACAUUGAUAAUAUGUAUAAUUAUCGGUGCUGCUUACUUUUUCCACACUUCGCAACAAAGAAGGGGAAUGCACCAUCAUCUGAGACACGUAGAUGAUAGUAUAGAAGCUCCUGACCAUCCUAUAUUAAAUAAGGGAGUCAGCUUGAAGCAUAUGAUAGAGAUGACGACCAGUGGAAGCGGAUCUGGUUUACCUCUGCUAGUUCAGAGAAGCAUAGCCAGACAAAUUCAAUUGAUGGAAAUUAUUGGCCAAGGAAGAUUCGGGGAAGUAUGGAAAGGAAGAUGGCGAGGCGAAAACGUUGCUGUGAAGAUUUUUAGUUCGCGGGAAGAACGAUCUUGGUUCAGAGAAGCAGAAAUUUACCAAACUGUUAUGUUAAGACAUGACAAUAUCUUAGGAUUCAUAGCAGCCGACAACAAAGACAAUGGUACCUGGACCCAACUGUGGUUGAUAACCGAUUAUCACGAACACGGUUCUUUAUUCGACUUUCUUGGACGAAACACCUUAGACAGCAGUGGAAUGAUACACAUGGCUCUAUCUAUCGCCACCGGCCUUGCUCACUUACACAUGGAUAUAAUGGGUACCCAAGGAAAACCCGCGAUCGCACACAGAGAUCUUAAAUCGAAGAAUAUCCUUGUUAAAUCGAAUGGUACCUGCGCUAUAGGCGACUUAGGUCUAGCAGUACGUCACGAUGUUAUUACUGAUACCGUCGAUAUUCCUCUUAAUAAUCGUGUUGGAACUAAGAGAUAUAUGGCUCCAGAGGUAUUAGAUGAAACGAUGAACAUCGACCAGUUUGAUUCAUUCAAAAGGGCGGACGUCUAUGCCUUGGGAUUAAUAUUUUGGGAAAUUGCUCGGAGGUGUAAUGUAGGUGGUAUUUAUGAUGAAUAUCAAUUACCUUUUUAUGAUGCGGUUCCUCCUGAUCCUACUAUUGAAGAAAUGAGAAGAGUGGUGUGUGUGGAUAGACAGAGACCAAAUAUACCAAACCGUUGGCAGAGUUGCGAAGCACUUCAUGUGAUGACAAAAUUAAUGAAAGAAUGUUGGUAUCAAAAUGCCACCGCAAGACUUACCGCUCUCAGGAUCAAAAAGACUCUUUCUAGUUUCAGAGCCUCUGAAGAAUUAAAGAUGUAGUGUACACGGGUCGUUACUAAUGAGAGAAUGUGAUUGAAGCAGUUGUUUUUAUUAACUGUGAAAAUAGACUGUUCUUUUAUACUGAACUAAUUUAAGUAUUUUGUGUGAGCUUAAAGUAUUGUGUAUUUAAUGGUUUUGUUAAAACUUGUUUUAAUAAUAUUAUACGUUAAGAUUAAGCCACUUUGUUGAUUUGUAAAGUUGCAAAAUGUAGUAUAAAAAAAACGUUCCGAUUUAUAUGCAGUACUGCCCAGUUCACCAGUGAUAUUUUAAUUUAUUUAUUUAUAAUUCUUUACAUUGCUGACACUUUAUUCCAUUUACAGUUGGUUCAUUAUUUUAUUGAGCAAUUAUUUAUAGUAAAAAAGAAGUCAUUUGCCUUGAACAUAAUGACAAAAGGUUUCCAGUAAUUGCUCUUUCAAAUAUCCGAAUAUGGCACUUUUAACGAUCGAUUAAUUAAAUAAUCUUUUUGAUAAUCAUUCAAAAUGAGCAGUAUAUCUGUAUAUAACUUCCAUAAUAUUGUAUAAUUAUUAAUUUUAUGAAUUAAUUCAACUUUUUUCUUUGUAUAUUUUUACUUAUUGAAUCUGUUAAAGCUUUUAUAAUGGUUAAAAUUUGAACACUACCACGUUACCUUUUCUAAAAUUUUAUUCAAAUACUUUUUGGUCAGACUGAUUUAAAUAAAGCAAAAUGAGUAAAAAAAUUAUCAAUUAAUAGCAACGACAAUUUUGCAAAACAACGAUGUUGUCAAACCUGAAAUUGUACAUCAUACAGUUUGUAAUUUGUUGAAAAUAUUAUCAAAUUACAUAUAGUUAUACAGAGUGAGUUUUAAGUAUGGAACAGCUUGCACGAUUUUUGAAUACUCUGAUUUGUAAAGGUUUUGUAAUACGGCUGAUAUUAUAGUUAUAUUUACAUUGUCAGAUUUUUAGGUUUUCUGGAAAUAUAAUGGAACUCCAACAAUAAUAAUUGUUAAUUUAUAUGUAGCUGUAACUCCGAAAUUAUUGCAUUUAGGUCAGAGAUAUAAGAAGUCAUUCAUAAAAUAUAAUAUUCAUGGUGCCAAGAACAGUUCGCACUCAAAACAUUCUAUUUCUAGACGCGGGGCGAGGCGACGAAAGGUGAGAAGUAAAAGAAGGGAUACAGUGAAGAAUUUUACAUAGUUUUAUCAAUGAAUAACUGCCCGAGCUUUUACUACUUAACGUAACUUUUCUUGCCGGUGUAAGCCCUGUUGCCACUUCCAAUCUAACAUCACUAGGUUUUGGAAUUUGUUGAAAAUUAUUACAUCUAAUUUAAUGAAAUUACAUCUAAUUUGGUUAAAAAUGCCUAUUUUUUGUUCUAAUGCUCUUUGUAGGAAGUAUUUUUUUAUAAUUAUUUAAAAAAAAUCAUUUACAUUUGCCCUUAUGAUCGAAAAAAAAUUUAAAUAUCUCAGUUUCAACCGUCUACAAAUUUGUAUAAAAAAUCUUCUUUUAGAAAUAUACCUCUCAUUUGACGAAAAACGAAGGCCUAAAUGAAACAAAACUAUUCUUUAUAAAAGUUUCGCCUAUGUAUUGACAAGGUAAAAGUACUUUCCUCAUAUUUGUUGCUUUUAAAUUAACAAAAAUAUAGCAAUAAACCAUUAGUGAUGUCAUGGUUUUACUAGAAAGCAAACAUUAAAGGCAGAGCCUAUCGACUCUUUAUGCAUCUAUCUCAGUAUUGAAAUGUAUGCAAUCAGUUUGACCCCUCUUAUAUUAUUUUAUACAGGGAUUAUUGAUUUAUCCACCAUGUUUAAUAGGGUGUACUAAU